GGUUUUAAAUGUUUAUUUUUAAGUAGUUAAACGUUUUUAUUAAUUUAACCUUGUCGCUAUUACAUAUCGACUAGUUUAUGGCUUUUCGUUCAAUGUUUAUUCAGCGUUUAUCUAUAACGUGCUUACUCAAACCUUUACCUCCCCCUCUCCUUCCCCUCAACCUCACCACAACUAUCCUGCGCCAUUCCUCAACCAUGGCGCGGACAUACGAGUCGGCGCUCGCGCACCUCGACUCCAUCCAGUCAAACCGCGCCGUCACAUCCCUGUUCACCCCUCCCGCCUCCGCAUCAUCCCCCACCCCCUCCGCCAAGGACCUCAAUGCGCUCGCCAUCCCGGAAAUGCUCUCCUGGCUAAGCCGGGCGGGGCUAACGCAGGACGAUCUCGCCCGGCUCCGCUGCAUCCACGUCGCCGGGACCAAAGGAAAGGGCUCCGUGUGCGCGUACCUAACCUCAAUCCUGGCGCGGGAGCCUCUCGCCGGUAGGGUCGGCACGUACACGUCGCCGCACCUGGUCUCGGUGCGCGAGCGCAUCCAGCUUGAUGGGCGGCCGAUUAGUCGGGAGUUGUUCGCGCGGUAUUUCUUCGAGGUGUGGGAUGCACUUACUAAUGCUGCGCGGGACGAGGCGGCGCGUUCGGGGAAGGAUAUCCCGGUUGCGGAGCUCGAGGGCCCGGCUACAAAGCCUUUCUAUUUCCGGUUCUUAACGAUCCUGGCCUUCCAUGCGUUCUUGCGGGAGGGAGUUAAGAGCGCGGUGGUGGAGUGCGGUAUUGGUGGCGAGUACGACUCUACGAACGUGUUGCCGGCUGAGGCCGUGACGGCUUCUGUGAUCUCGCAGCUCGGUAUUGAUCACGUGGGUAUGCUCGGCAGCACGCUUCCCGAGAUUGCGUGGAAUAAGGCGGGCGUGAUGAAGCCGGGAAGUAAAUGCUUCACUCGAAAGCUCCGGUCUGAAGAUGGCGAGGAGACUAUGCGUGUGUUACGCGAACGAGCCGCGGAGAAGAGUGCCACCUUGAUAGAGGUAGAAGACCAAGAAGUCGAGCAAUGGGGAGGUAUACAAGGAACCGAGGCAGGCAGCCUCGAAGGCGAGUUCCAAAAGUACAAUCAGGCGUUAGCGGCGAAGGCUGCAGCUGAGCAUCUAAGGGUUCUGGAUGGAAACCAGGACACCAUACCUGGAGAAAAGUUGAUAGCUUUGGCAGAACGCUUCUCCGAUGGUUUACGGUUAGCAAGACUGCAAGGACGUUCCGAAACAAGAGAAUACGGUGACUUCACGUGGCUCAUCGACGGGGCACAUACCGCAGAAAGUCUGGAGGAAGUAGCCAAGUGGUUCGCGGGGAAACGCAAAGCUUUAGCUGGCGACUCGAAAGUGGUCUUGUUAUUCAACCAGCAGGAACGUGAUAUAGCAAGCCUUCUAAACAGUCUACACAGGGGUAUUGAGAAGGAGUCGGGGGUUCCCGAGGGCACUAUCUUCGACUACGCCAUAUUUACUCGGAACGAUCUACAGCGUAGAAUGGCCGAGGAGCCCGAGCGAGACUUAGCUGUCCAGCAAGCUGCAGCAGAUGCCAUGAAGAAGCUAUCCCCCCGGACGAAGACCGCCGUCGUAGAGAGCGUUGAUGAAUCGGUCGAGAAGAUAAAAGCUGCGCAGCUUCGUGACGGCGUUAAAGUCGUGGUUCUAGCUACGGGUAGCUUCCAUCUCGUAGGCGCUCUGCUUAGGACAUUAGAGCCAGAUUCGGAGUUGUGAAUUACCCAUCUAGGUAGGUAAGCUCUGUAGGUAGGUAGGUAGGUAAGACAGGUUCCGGUGACUUGGACACGACAAAAACGGCGUUUAAGAGGCGAUAGAUUAUGGGUCUCAGGACUAAGUCGUAGGCGCCGUGUCCCUUGUUAGUUUUACACUUCCCUAGUUAAUCUAAGAACUCGUAACAUAAGGAA